AUACAAAAGACCAAAAAAUCGAGGUAGCGUCAUGUCUCACCAACACAAUUUAUCAGUUUAUUAACUAUCGUUUUGACAGUCUAUAAAUGUUAAAACUAUAUAGUAAAGGGUGCUGAAACAUGGAAGGCAGCUUUACCAUUCCUAGUCAUGCAGAGGACCUGACAAAAUGUAUGUAUGAACUACAGCAGGAUGGGACAUUCUGUGAUGCAGGCCUCGAAUGUAAAGAUGGUGUCAUAUUUGUUCAUAAACUUGUUCUUAUGGCAUGUAGAAGUCCAUAUUUAAGGAAUCAAUUGAUGUGUGAAAGUCAAGGUGAAAGAGUUUAUGUCAAUCUAAAGAAUUAUUCAUUAAAAACAGUUUGCCGUUUGGUGCAGACCCUAUAUACAGGACAGUUAAAUAUUUCUCAAGAGAAUGAAGUAGAUUUUAGACAUUUGUGUGAGACAAUAGAGCUUGACAAUAUAAAAUCUGCUGCUGAAAACUUUAUUCAGCAAGAUCAAAUUAUUUAUGAGGUCGAAAGCGUAAACCAAUUUUGUGCUGUUCAAGUUGAAGAGGAAAUAAUAAAAUCCCAGGAUGGGAUCAUAGCACUAGUGGCAUCUGCCAAUCAUGGACAAGAUGACAACUUCAUUGACAGUACAAGCACUGUUGAUAAUGUAGAGGAUCACAACAAUGAAAUCAGUGAUGUAAAAGUUGAUGGUGAUACGGUUAAAAGAAAUCAAGAUUUAGAAGGAGAAAGGGAGACCAAUAUAUCUUUGGAUCCACCCACCAUGGCCACAGGAAGAGAAACCAGAAGCAACAAAAGAAGAAAAAUUUUCCAUAAUGAGAACCCUUCACAAGCAAAAGACAAUGCCACCUCAGCUAACGUGGCAGAAAUAUUGACCAUUGCAAAACAAUUGUCUGGAAUAGACGAAGCACAGCCAUCUAAAUCUGCUUCUUCUUGUCUAGAUCAAACUAAAUCCAUUGUAUGUUCUCUAUGUACAAAAGAACUUGACCAAAAAGGGGAAAAUGUAACAGAUCCAGGUAAACCAGUUUGUACAGAAUGUAUGGUUUUAUUUAGUGGAGAAACCAAUGAUGACCAAGAGAUGGGAACUAAGUCAGAGCAAACACAAAGUGACAACAGUGAAGAUGGUGGAGGAGACAGCAAAAAGGAUAGUGUUGAUUUGGAGGAAUGUUUAAAGAAGACUUGUGAAGAAAGAUCGCCACUUCCAGAUAUCAUUUCCUUAGAAGAAGAUGACUGUGAUCCAUUACAAUGGUUACAAGAACAGAUAGAAGUUGAUGGAUGUGAAACAAAUGAAAUCUCUGACAGAAAGCUUAGAAAUAAGAGCCAAUCAGAAAAGGGAGAGACGGGAUCAGGUGAGACCAACCAAGAAAAGGUGUGGCAUUGUAAAAAGUGUGAAUUUUCAACAGGUGAUAAGAAGGAACAUAAGAGACACUAUAAACGUCACCAGUACAUCGAACGAAAACUCAGAAUGUCUAACUUAUGUAAACCUCCAAAAUAUUCAUGUGAUGAAUGUGGAAAUGAAUAUAAAACAGAAAAUGGGUUGGUUAUACAUAGAAAAUUAGCACAUUCGGAUAAGCCUAUAUUGAGAUGUGUACUUAAAGGGUGCAAAUCACGUUUUGUAGAAGAAUCUGCUCUACAAAAACAUUUGUUAUGGCACAAAUCACAAGGUGUCCUGAAAUGUAGGAAAUGUGCACAGGUAUUUGUACAAAAGGGUGCACUGAAAAGACACGAGGAUUAUUGUGUCAAAAGAUUAAGGUUUCAAUGUGACAUUUGUAAAAAAGUAUAUAAAGCCCAAAGAAAUCUUUCUGAACACAUGAGUAAAAUUCAUUGUGAGGGGGGUAAAGGCUUCAAAUAUAGGGAAUCUUUACAAUUUAGUAAUAAUAUCAACAGUGCGACUUAUGGAGUUGAUCAGAAUAAAGGCGCAAGUUUAACAGUCGGGAAUAUAAGUUUAGAAACCACGAUGGAAGAGUUUAAUUCUGAUAAUGUUGAGGAAUUUGUUGAAGGGAUGAAUUCAAUUUUACUCGCCCAACAGAAUGAAAAAAAAUUAAGACAGACUCAAGACGUUUAUCGUUGUUUACAUUGUGAGUUCUCAACAGAAGAUAAGACACAGUAUACUAAACAUAGAAAACACCAUGAUUACUUAAAACUAAAGCAAAAGCAAAAGAGUGCAGAACCACAACCUCGUUCCUGUGAUAAAUGUGAAGCAGAUCAUAAAAUUACGCUUGCCUCGAAAAUUCAUACGGAAAAAGUACAUUCUUUGGUAUUUGAAUGCCCCGAGAAAGGUUGUUUUAAAUGCUUUCCGGAUGAACACCAGUUAAACGAACAUUUAUUAAAUCAUGAAGAAAUUAUUUUAAUAAAAUGUGGGAAGUGUGAAAAAUCCUUUGAUUCAGAACAUGAUUUGAACAAACAUGAUGCUAUCUGCAUUCCUAUAAAAACAGUACAAUGUGAUACUGCUUCCAAAAACGAUGAAACAGGUAAUGGUGAAGUUGAUAAUGAUGACAUAGAUGGUAAUGAUGAUGAUAAUGAUGGUGGUGGGGGUGAUGAUAUUGAGGGUAUUGUUAAAACGUUGAAUAAAGCUAUUGAUAAGGAACGAAAGUCUAAGGUUUAUAAAUGUAAGAAAUGUAAUUUUUCAACAAAAGAUUCUAAGGAGAAUGAAAUACAUAGACGCCGCCAUCGUUAUUUAAAAGACAUGGAAACACAGAAGCACAAUUGUAGAUAUUGUGGAUUGACCUUCAGGACCAUACCAGAACUGAGUAAACAUGAGCUCACUUUUCAUUCGGAUCAAUUUUAUAAAUGCAAGGCGAAAUCCUGCACAAGUGUAUUUAAGUAUAAACUACAGUUAGAACAACACAUGUCAAAGCAUAAAAAUAUGGGUCUCUUGAAAUGCAAGAAUUGCAAAAAGAAAUUUGUUUUUAAAGAUAAGCUAACACCAAAUGAAGAUAAAUGCAUAAGGAAUAUGACAGCAAACGAACACUGUCACUUAUGCAAAAACAAUUUGGGAGCAAAUCAGGAUUGUUAAGGCACAUGAGGAAACAUAAUGAUAGAGUGCGUGAUUGCUUUUGUGGAAGAAACAUUGACAGUAUUAAAAAUCUUAAUCAGCAUAAAAAAUGACAUAAUGAUCCUAUGCUUGAACGAUUUUGUUAAAAAGAUAUAUCCGAGGGGAGUGACGAAAGUACAGAUUCAAAUUCAGAUGGAAUGGACACAUCUUAAAGUACAAGUGCAUAGUAUAAUUUGAAAAAGUACUUCAAAAAAAGCAAAAGGUACUUGAAUAAUGGAAAUGAAAAAUUGGUUAUAGAACAUGUUUAUAUUGCAGAUUGUCACAAUUUGACACCAAUUGUGAUCAUGGAAUGGCAACAAAAUUAUGAAACAAGUGAGUAAGAUGUGAGAAAGGAAUAUAAAAGGUUUUGGUGAAAAAGGGGAUACGUUGAUAUUGAAUGAUAGUGACAUGCUGAACAUUUGAUUGAAUGAAUUUAUCUCUAAUGUUGUAAAAUGACGAUAUUAUUUUAUUUUGAGUCCCGUUUUCCAAAUUGAUUAUAUUAAGGUCAAAAGAGUCCUAAAAUUCAAUUUUGAUUGAUUUCAUUAAAAAUCGGGGUUUUUUUUGUCUUUGAUAUGCUGAAUCAAUUCAUGAAGAUUUUGGACAUUGGACCAUAAUGUGUUGAUUUAUUUAUUUUAAGUCCAAUAAGACCACAUUCAUUCUACGUCAGAAACUUAUGAUGUGUCAAAUAUUUAAUCACAAAACAAAUUCAGAGCUGUAUCAAUCUUGAAUGAAGUGUCCAUACUUGUCCCAAUUAUUGUUUUUAUUCCAAUUUCACGGUCCUUCGAACAUGGAAACGAUAGUGCGAAUCGGGUAUUCGUGUACUAUGGACACAAUUCUUGUAGGUUAUUAUCUUGAAUAGUAUAAUAGAUAUAGAUAAACUGUAAACAGCCAAAGUGUUAAGCAAAGGAAGAUUUACAAAUAAGUCAACAUGACCAAAAUUGUCAAUUGACCUCAUAGAGUUACAGCUCUUAAAUGAAAAUUUUUCAUACAUUUUUUAUACAAAAAUCUAACUAAGGGUAUCUAGUUAUAAAAAUGUAUCUGAUGACCCUGGCCAGAAAGCUAGAUGGCCAACAUAUGUCUAAAAAUAGAACAUGGAGGUGUUGGUAUGGAUUAUGCAGUGUUUUGGCUUAUAUCUUUAAAACUACAAUAUUUAGAUAAUAUAUCACAAGGGGUUGAAAAAAUUUAAAUGGAGAUCUAUCCGGCUAAAAAAUUUCAGAAGCAUCAGACAAACCAUUGUAAUGUUUCUCCACCAUUAUUGGUAAUUUAAAGAAAAUUUAUAAGUUGCUUUCUGUUAUAAUCUCGAAUAGCAUAAAAGAUAUAGAUAAACUGUAAACAACAAAGGUGUAAAUCAAAGUUAGAUCUACAAAUAGUCAUCACGACCAAAAUUGUCAAUUGUUCUUAUAAAAAUUGAUUGCCCUUUACCGAAAAAAAAUCACAAUUUCUCAAUCAUUUUCUGUAUUUUUACAAAAAUCUUCUCAGAAACUACUUGUCCAAAAAAAACAUACUUGGCCUAAGUCUUCCUUAUGGUUUCUAGUUUAAAAUAUGUAUCCAAUGACCUCGACCAUACACCAAGAUGGCCUACAUGGCACAAAACAGACAUGGGGGCAAAAUGCAGUUUUUUGGCUUAUAUCUCUUUAAAAAAGCUUUUAGAUCAAAUCUGACGAGGGGUUUAAAUGUUAACAUGUCUAUUGGAUCAAAUCUAAUGAGGCGUAAACAUUUUUUUUAUGCAGAUCUAUCUUGCUUACAAUUUUCAGACGCUUCAAAUAACCCAUUGUUGAGUAGCUGCACAUGAAUUUGUAAUUUUAUGGAAUUUAUUUAUUUUUGGUUAUAUAGAUAAACUGAAGAUAGCUAAAUGGUUUAGCAAACUAAGACUUACAAAUAAAUCGUCAUGAACCAAAAAUACAAUUCCCAUAAAGAAUAAUUGCCCUUUUUAAAAGUCUUUUUUUUUCAUAAUUUUUCAUGAAUUGUUUGUACAUUAUUACAAAAAUCCUUUCCUCUGAAACUACUUAUAGAUAGAGAUAGUUGUAAAUAGCAAGAAUGUUCAGUUAAGUAAGAUUUACAAACAAGUCAUCAUCACCAAAACAGAACUAUAAUGUAUGCCCUAUGUUUAAUGUGCACAUAGAUCAAGGUGAGCGACACAGAUUACUGAGACCCUCUAGUUUAUU